UUUCCAUUCCCCAAGAACAAACUAGAAUGUUUACCAACAAAGAUCCUCUGGAUAUCACUGCUCGGCAAGCAGCAGCAUCUCAUUUUCAGAUUCAAACUACAAAAAAUGGCUCACUCGUUUGGAAAAAGGAGCCAUGAAUUGAUUAUGCAGUAGCAAUGGUGCUGUAAUAGCUGGUUUAACGUUUUGACAAUGACCGGUUUAAUUGAACUGGUCGUAGUUACUUGACGAUCUUGAUAUUACCUUUUUUGGUCUUUGUUUAUUCAUUUUUCUGCCACGGAUUUGCUUCGUCUUUGUAGUGAUUUCAGGAAAGGUUAUAAAUACACAGACAUUAGUAUUGGAUUCUAUAAACGGCUCUGGAUUUCGAGAUUUUUUGCUGGUGAUUAGUUGAUUUUGUGUGUGCUCCGUUUUGCUUUAUACUGAAGGAUGAACUCUAAGGAGCCAGGUCAAGGAGAGUUCGAUUCAAACAGGAGAUAUUCAAGAAUAAACGUCAAUUACCGAUCCGCGAAUGAGGUGACAGCAGCUCUUCGGCGAGCUGGACUAGAGUCCUCUAAUCUCAUUGUGGGAAUUGAUUUCACGAAGAGCAAUCAGUGGACAGGUUCAAGGUCGUUUAGUGGACAUAGUUUACACCACAUUUGGAAUGGGCCGAAUCCAUAUCAACAAGCCAUAUCUAUGAUUGAUGAUACCUUAGGAGAGUUUGACGAGGACAACAAGAUUCCCUGCUAUGGAUUUGGAGAUUUAACUACCCAUGAUCAUGAUGUUUUUAGCUUUUACGACGAUGAUAGACCCUGUAAUGGAUUUGAGGAAGUUUUGGAUGGUUACAGAGACAUUGUUACCAAGUUACGAUUUGCAGGACCUACAUCUUUUGCACCAAUAAUUGAGAUGGCCAUGACAAUAGUUGAGCAAACUGGUGGUCAGUUCCAUAUUUUGCUGAUAAUUGCCGAUGGGCAGGUCACAAGUGUUGACACACAUAACAAUCAACUAAGUGUACAAGAACAAAACACUGUCGACGCAAUCGUUAAAGCGAGUGAGUACCCAUUGUCAAUAAUCUUGGUUGGUGUCGGAGACGGGCCUUGGGACAUGAUGAAGAAUUUUGAUGAUAACAUCCCAGCUCGAGCUUUUGAUAAUUUUCAGUUUGUCAAUUUCACUGAGAUUAUAUCAAGAUAUGUAAACUUUGACAGAAGGCAGACUGAAUUUACUCUUGCUGCCUUAAUGAAAAUACCUUCUCAAUAUCAGGCUACUGUAGAGCUUGGCCUGUUGGGUCGACGACGAGGGAGCUCGCCAAAGAGAGUUCCUCUUCUUCCUCCUUUGUACAUCUACCCAAGAUCCCCACGCGCCAACGGUUCACAUACCAGAACGCCUUCAAAUGGUAGACAUAACCAAGGAGUUGGCAACACUCCUUCCUCAAGCUCUCCCAACCAGACUUGCCCCAUUUGUGUCACUAAUCCAAAGGACAUGGGUUUUGGUUGUGGGCAUCAGACAUGUUGCAACUGCGGAGAAACUUUCUACUUGUGCCCCACCUGCCGAGGCCUUAAUUGACUCCUGCAAUGGACCAGGUCUCCUUCAGCAAGGUACAAUGGGAAGGUACAGAACUACGGAUUACUAUAUUGGUUUCUGGGUUGUUAUACAUCUUUCGACUUGUUUAUUAUCAACUAACCAAACGUUCAUUCCUUCAAUAAAAUUUA